AUGUUUCGUCUGCUGCCCUGGCCCUCUGCGAUCGGAGGGAACAAGGUAAUGGCGGAGGAGGUCAAGAUGCUCGCUCCCGCCAGUUGCACGCCCGGCGUCAACGUCAACGUCAACGCGCUGUCGCUGCCUCCCAUGCUCAAGCGCAAACGCUCCGACUCCUCUGCGACCGAUGCCCCCGUCUCGACCAAGUUGCGGACAGAGCCUCCGGUCGCUCCUCUCACACCAGUGACGCCUGUGGCCCUCGCGCCGACCGUCGCGCCCGCUCCGGAAUCGGUGGUCUCGCCGGUCGCGACCGCGCCGGCGCCGGCGCCAGCGCCAGCGCCCCCCGCGAAGGCGACCCCCGACAUCAAUCGCUUGCGAGAUACAAUCACUGCCCAGCUGAGCCUGGAGGUCCUCCUCAAGCAUAACGAGCUGCGGCUGAUUGACCAGGAGAUCGCUAAGUGUCAGGUGGCGCUGGAGCAGCUCCGGCGCUGCGCCGAAAUCCCGUAUCCGGGAUCCGCGGUCGCGGGUGUGUCCGCCAACAUGAGCGCUGGCACAGGUCCGUCGGUGCUGCCGCCUGGAAAUGGCCCAGCACCGGUAUCGCCUGCGCCCUGGGGAGUCACCGAGGGCCCGUAUUCGCGUCAUUACGCACGAUGGCUUCUGCCGGACCCGAGAUUCGAUGGCGGCGAGAUGGAGUCCGGAUUUUCGAGUGCGACAGGCCUUCCGCUGGCCGAGGGUCGGUCCACUCGCGGCAAUCCAGUCGACUUCAGCGUCCUCGCCGGCAAACGGACCUCCCGGGGGAAUCUGGGCUCAAAGCUGCAGUCAUUACCCAGCGGGUAUCCCGUGGUGAAGGAGAAGUCGGGCCCGAUGCUGAUCCGGCGCAAGUCGGAUCAAGUGCUGGUCAAACUCAUCUGUCUCGACUGCCGUCGUGACAACUUCUCCAGUACUCAAGGGUUCAUCAACCACUGUCGCAUCGCGCACAACCGUAACUUUGCCAGUCACGACGCAGCGGCGAUGGCUUCCGGUGAACCCGUUGAGGUCGAUGAUGCCGGUGCCGUGGUGGGCACCAUCACCUCUACCAGCCGCAGCGAGUCGACACCUGGUAGUGUCUCAACCCCAGGGGCCGUCCACCCGUUGAUUCGCGCACCCCUGCUCCCCCCGCCCUCCAAUGGUCUUCCAACUCCGUCGAAAGAUGCAGUCACUCCGAGAAAGCCAUCCCAGACUCCCCAGCCGAUGGCAGCCGCCACUCCCCCCGCCACUGUUCAACACCACCAGGAGCCUUGUCGCCGGCCUGUGUCUGCUAAACCUGCUCCAAAUCCAUCCUUCUUAGCUUCUCCUGCGACCCCUCACCUGUCUGCACUCAUGCGUGAGCGAGGCUUGGGGCUGAACAUGACCAAGCUGGUGGAAGAAGUCAAGACCCCCGUGGACUUGAGCGGUCUGUCGGACGAUGAGUCUGACGGGGAUGAAUCGAGCCGUCCGUCAAUGGAAGCCAGUCAGGAACCAUCCCAGUCGGGCGCCGCUCGCCAACCCAUGCGCAUGCCUACUGUCCAAGCCGCCAUGCAGCGGUCUGAGAGCCGAAAGGGCCUCGACCGCGGGCAUGACCUGCCGGACCUGACUCCCUCUCGACAGCCGCCUCAUCACCCCCAGUCUUUCCUGGAUCUCGCCUCCUUAUCCGGAACGGCUCAUCCUCUGUCGGGUGCCAUUUCGCGUGAAGGCGAUGGUCUAGACCACUCGGCAAACCUCAGCCCGCACACCAUCGAGUCGAACCAGGCCCCGAGUCUGGUCAGCGAUGACGAGGAUGACUACGAGGCAGCUUCUGAUUCCGACAGUCCCAGCUCAUCCGAGGCCGGCGAACAGGAUGAGGAGUUCCGACACAUUCAGGUGGAGGACGACGAGCGUGCUGGCGCGGCCCCAACGGCUGCGGCUGCGGAGGCCAAGCCCGGUCCAUCUCUAACCAAUCCUGGCCACCAGCCCGCCCCGACACUCUCUCGGCCAUUGAAGCAGAGUCGACCUCGAAAUCUCUCCAUGGUGACCCCAUUUGGUGAUCACAACCGUGACGACCAGCGCGUCAACUUUGUCCAUCCGAACGGCGAUGAUGCCAAGAUGAAAAGAGCUAACGGACGCAAGCCUGCUCCAUCCAACCAGUGA